AUGGAUCAGCUAACUGGACCCGAGGUACAGGUUGCACUCAACUUGAAAGAAGGAAGAGGCUUUGACAAAAUUAAUAAUCCAACAUGUAUAGUAGCUACUUUGAAUGGCUUGUCAUUGGAGACUGAUUUCAUUGAUCCUGAACCAUGUCCUCACCUAAGAACAGCACAAAUACUUCCUAGAGGAUAUGAGGGUGGUAUAAAGACAACAUGGCUUAAAUUAAUGGGCGCAAGAAGUGACAUAAAAGCCGAUAAGCCCGAAUUCUUGUUGUCAUUGACAAUAGGUGAACGAGAGUCAAUAUCAAUAGGCAAUGAUCCUGAGAAAAAAGACGAACAAAUUCUGCCAACAGAUCUGCCAACUCCUUAUCUUAUUAGUGAAGAGCGUCUGAUACAGCUGGGUUCUAUAAAUGAAUGUCGUGAUAUAUUUACUUUUAGUAUUAUUACCGAAACAGUUGCCAAUCUGGAUUGUCUGAAAGACAAACUCUUCAAAGCUGAUACCGACAAGUCUUUUACACUUUGGUAUCACGUAUUUGAAUCGCAAAUCCAAUCCAAGCCAUUUGUAAAUAGUCAGCAGUCGUUUUCGUUAGAAGAAAAAAUAGUUAUUCGGAUAAGAAGCUCACUGAGAGUAUUUAAAAAUUAUUUGCAAUAUAAACCUAAUUUACUGAUGUUGCUGAAGCAUCGUGAAAGUGUCUUGGGCCAGUCGGAAGUAGAUCUGAGGUCUCUGGUACCUAUUGAUAACAUUGAGGAAUUUUUAAGAAACUCUGACAACGGAUGUACCGUUUUGUAUGAGCAUUGUUUAUUAAAAAAUUUAGAAAAUAAGAAUGAAACUUUUAGUGUUGAAGAUAAACCAUUUGUUAAUAUUCAAUUGAAGUUGCAAUAUUUAGGAUCUAAAUCAACAAGCUCACAGAAUUAUUUGACUGAAGUUUAUAAAAGAGCUUCUUAUUUUACAGAUCAUACGGUACAAAAAUUAUCAGAUAUCGAGUGUCAUCGACAUCCUGCUGGUGAUUAUCACAAAUGCGCGUGUGAAAUCCAUAAUAUAAACAGCUGCACCAAUAAAACGGAUCGUUAUCCCUCAGCUGAUUUAGCUCAGAGACGACUUGAACACACAUAUAUGUGCAAUAAAAAAGAUAGUGGGAAAAAUGUCGGAGCAUAUCAUUGUUAUUGCUUACAUAUCAUGUUGAAUAGUAUUAAAUUGAGAUCUGGAAUGUCUAUUGAUAAUAUUGAGUUUCGUUUUCAUCAUCCUAAGGCCGAGAUAAUGUCCACAGUUUAUCCAAAAAUGCCAGCAAUAUCAGGCGAUGAAUUACGAUUGCAAGAUAUCGGAUGUAAAUUACACUUUAUAUCUGCCUCAGAAGAAAUACGGCAUUUAUUAUUAUCAUUUCCGCCUAAAGUUAGUGUCUGUGAUGGAGAUAAGCCGGACAAAACUUGUAUUGGCCAGUCGGUACUGGAUGUAUGCCGGUUAUUUGAUAAUCAAGUAGCUUUAGAUUGCCAAUACGAAGCGCCUCUGUUUGACAAUGGCUUAAAUGAAAUAGGAUUUAUUAAUGUCGCGAUGUACUUAGAGGAUCACGGCCCCUAUUACCAGACAAACAAGCGAUCAAGAGACGAAAAUUUGGGACCACCGAUUCUUGAUGAUAGUCUUGCGUAUAAAAUUGUCGACGAGCUGGAGAGUUGGAAGGUACGACAGCAGGAAAUAUUUAAAUUGGAGCUGAAACGCAAAGAGGAACGUCAUUUGAAUCGUUUGAGCGAGGAGUGGCAAAAGCACAGAGAAUCGCUGGAAGCUAAAUUAAAUGAGAGUGUCGAGCAAUGUAAAGCAUUGGCGAAUCAAUUAAGCUCAGUUUCUGACGAUUUACGCGCGCGUAAGCUCCAAAGCUUAGAGAAAGAGGCCCGACUAAUUAAAGCUAAUGAGGAGCUGAAGCGGGCGUAUGAUAAAAAGCUUGAGGAUUUUAAUGAUAACUCACAAAAGGCGCAACAGGAUUUAAAAUUAAAGCUCACGCAAUUAGAAGACCAGAAACAAAGUUUACUAGUACAACUUGAAUUGAUAAAGGCUGAGAAUGCUAAGCUUGAAGUUAUUAUAAAGACACAAAAUGAAGAACUCAGUGCUUGUAAAAAGAGCCCACUGAUUGAGGAUCAAACAGAAAAUUUGUUGCAGGAUAUCAAAGAUCUUGAGCGUAAGUUGAAUAGCGCACAAAAAAGCAAAUCAUUUUUUAAAGAACAAUGGGGCGAAGCUAUUAGAAAAAUUCACAAGAUGAAAAUGGAGCACCGACAAGCUAUUGAAGUACAAAUUAAAAAUAAUAAAGAGGAGUUGAAAAAUAUUAAUUUGGAAGAAAUACUUCACGCAGACUCAGCAGCUUUAAACAACGACAAAAUACUGCUGGGACAAAUCCAAAAAGAAAUUGACGUUAUAAGACCAAAACGUUCUUACACUCUACUCAGUCCUGAAAAAUCGUGUUUAUCUACAUUUAAUUCGAGACUGCAGACUAAUUUAAACCACGGCCAUUCGGGCCUUUCGACAGCGCACAAUGAACAACUGCGAAAGCUCAUCGAUGAACGAGAUGCCUUACUUAAGACUAAAAGUUAUACUAUUGACGAUGACAUUAUAGUUAAGCUCAAUACAGAAAUAAGAUCUUUUCUUGUCAAUAGCUGA